CUUAAAAACAUUUUUUUAUAUUUUGUUUUGAAUAAUUGAUUGUUGAACAGUUAUAGUAGAAUAAUUUGUGCAAAUUAUAAUUUAAAAUUAUAACUUUUAAGCAGUGUAAGGUCCUGUUUGGAUAAGCAACUUAAUUAAUCACUUAUAGGAGAAGUGUUUAUGCAUAAGCUAUUUUUUAUAACAGAAGAUUGAAUAAAGUCAAACUGUAUACUCAAAAGCUUAUGAAAAUAAGCAUAAAGCUUAUGGACAUGUCAUAAGUUGUUUUCAGAAGCUCUCUUGAUAAGUCUCGCUGUUGUUUAUCAUAAUACAUAAGUUCAAAUAAGUUAAUCCUAACAUGCCUUAAAACUAAAAGCAUUGAUGUCCCAAAUUAUUGUGCUUUUUGUUCAUUUAAUUAUGAAUGAAAAAAGACUUUUGCUUUGGAGUGUUAUUGUUAGUUGUAAACUUGCAAAAAUCACUGGUAAGAUAUUCUCAGCUUUCAGGUCAAGUUUUGCAGAAAAUACUCAGAAUUUGGAUAAGGUUUUGCAAGGUCUGUGUGUAUCUGGAAGGUUGGCAGAGGCAAUUAGGCUCUUGUAUCGCACGAGGUUGCCGGUGCAUUCUAGAACAUACUCUUUGAUGCUGCAGGAAUGUAUAUUCUGGAAAAAUUAUAGAAGGGGCAGAAGAAUUCAUGCACAUAUGAUUAUUGUUGGAUAUGUUCCCAAUGAAUAUUUGAAGACCAAAUUGUUGAUAUUAUAUGCAAAAUCGGGAUGUCUAGAAACCGCACAGUUUCUAUUCAAUAACUUGGUGGAGAAGGACUUGUUUGCAUGGAAUGCAAUCAUUGCUGGGUAUGUUCAAAAGGGUCUUGAAGAAGAUGGGUUGGAAACUUUUUAUGGGAUGAGACAGGCUGGUUUGAGACCUGAUCAGUAUACCUUUGCAUCGGUCUUCAGAGCCUGUGCAACUUUGGCAUUGUUAGAACCCGGGAGGCAAGCCCACGGUGUAAUGUUGAAGUGUCGAAUUGGGGACAAUGUUGUAGUCAACAGUGCAUUAGUAGACAUGUAUUUUAAAUGCAGUUGUAAUCGCGAUGGACGAUUGUUGUUUGAUAAAUGUCUGAGUAGAAAUACCAUUACAUGGACUACUUUGAUAUCUGGGUAUGGAAAGCACGGACAGGUUGCGGAGGUUUUAGAUUCUUAUCAUAGAAUGAUAAAUGAAUCUUUUAGACCGAAUAAUGUUACUUUUCUUGCAGUUUUGGUUGCUUGUAGCCAUGGGGGUUUGAUCGAUGAAGGCCAUAAAUAUUUUCAAUCAAUGAUAAGAGACUAUGGAAUAGUGCCUCAAGCUAAACAUUAUGCAGCAAUGGUUGACCUUUUAGGGCGUUCCGGGAAGUUAAAAGAGGCUUAUCAAUUUGUUCUGAAAUCACCUUGUAAACAGCACUCGGUGAUAUGGGGUGCCUUGCUUGGGGCUUGUAAGAUUCACGGUGACCUAGACUUGUUAAAAAUUGCAUCUAAGAAAUAUUUUGAGUUUGAACGUUCCAAUGCUGGAAAGUAUGUUGUCUUAGCAAAUGCUUAUGCCUUGUCUGAUUUGUGGGAUGAUGUUGAGGAUAUUAGGGCUACUAUGAAGGAAUCGGGGAUGAUAAAGGAACCUGGUUAUAGCAGGAUAGAGGUGCAAAAGGAGGUUUGUUUCUUCUUUAAAGCUGAUAAAUUUCACCAACAAGCUGAUGAGAUUUAUCAGGUAGUUAGAGAGAUUACCUCUAUAUUAAAGGAUGCAGGCUAUAUUCCUGGUUUAAGUAGAAAUUGAUAAAUGCAGCAGAAAAAAGGGACAUAAAUUUCUGCCGCUUAAAAUUCUAGUUGAGAGAAUUUGCAAUGUCCUUGAUGAGUUAUACAUGAUUGAUUCUUUAGGGAUUCAAACAUGUUCUGGUUUGCAAGGAAAGUUGCUGAAUUGUAGAUUUUGGAUUUGAAACUAUACACAUGGGGCAUUGUGCUGUACUAGUAUAGUACGUACAUUUUCAGCUACCUGGGAAUACUGUUCCUUUGAUGCUACCCAAUAUUUCGUUAUUUGGGUUAGCCAUACACACUUAGCACGUUUCUGCAUUUGGCAAGCUAUUGGGUCGUUGGGUGAUAGCCGACUGAUAUUUUUUCUCUUAUAGGGAAAGGGACCAGUAAAGAGAGUUUAAGAAAAGAUCUAGAGUGAGUAUACAAGACAGUAAAUUGCUUUAAUUUUUCAGGUUUGAAGGAAAUUCUCGGGAGUCCUUUCUGUUUUUGGGUUAUCAUCCAUUGUGAAGACUCAUAGAUGAAUUUCUUCAUCGUCUUGGAGGAUCUCAUUAAGAUUUUUCCUCUCCUGAAAUCAUUAAUUUUUUUAAAUCAAUUUUAUUGUGAUAUGUUGCAGGAUCGAUAGGUUAAAUGACAAAUCAAUUUCAUAGAUUCAAAUAUGCAUGCAUAUCUGUGCUUGUUGACUUUCUAGAUAGUGUUUUACUUGCUUUUCUGAUUUUGUGAGGAUCUUGUGUUAUCUUUUCCGUUUGUAAGGGAAAAAUGAUUUAAUGUUUAUGUAACUGACUCUCUAACUGUUCAAAAUUAUUUAUAAUUUAUAGUACAUUAGAAAUAAUUUACUUUACUUUUGUACUUUCUUAACAUCUAAAACUAAAUUUAUUUUGACUUUAACAUGAAGUAAAAUAUUGGUUGUCUAAAACAAGUAGUCCGGUUAUUCAUACACGGUGUACACACCAUGUCCAUGACAAAUAUAAUGAAAUAUUUGCAUACUACUAGAUACAAAUAAACCCAACAUAGCAUUUUAAAUAUAUAUUUUUUUGUUUUGCUAAUUUGAUUCACAAAUGGCAAUACCAUCAUCUCUGGGCAUUGUUAUAAGAUUGUAAGUGUCUUGCCAGAAUUCCAUUUGGUUUCUUAAUUUUUCCUUGUUUGUUAUAAACUUUAGAUUAUAUGUCCUGAAUGCCCCAAAUGUUUUAUUUUACAGGGACACUGCUAUUCAGUUAAAGGUUGGGCAUUGAUUUGAUUGUAGGCCUAAUUUCUGCUAGAAUAUAUACUACUACUAGUUUAUCAAUGAAAAUUUCCCCUGUUUAACCAUGAAAUAUUAUCAAAAUUUUGAAUGUUCUCGAAGAUUUCCUAUAGUUUUGCUAUAUUGAUGUGGACCUUAUAUCCAUGUUGUGUUUACUGGACAUUCCUCCAAAAGAAUCUUGCAUUUAUAAGUUUUUACUUCUUACAUGGAAACGUUUCUUUUGACGAGAUUAUGGGGUCCCACACCCUGAAGUAAGAAUUUUAUUUAGUGAUGAAGUGUUGGCUUGGCGCUAACCAUAAGGCCCAUGGGUUUCAAACCCCUGUAAUUUAUGUGACGUCUGACCACUCAGAGCUCAGUUUCGAAUUGAGCCACACCUCACGGUUCAAAACAAGUGGUUUUAUAUUUUACGAAACCAAACAAACUUAAAACUGGAUGAUCAUACUCAGAAUGAUUUCACGAUCUAUGUGGAUGUAUCUAUAUGUGCAGGAAUUCCCUAAUUGUGGUUUAAGGAAAGCUGUGAGCUGGUUUGGCAAUAGCCUUAUCUUAUAGGUAUAUGAUUUACAUUUCUUGUUUCUUUG